AUGGCUUCUGGGAUGUAUAGCAGUGGAAUGUUAACCAGAGAACAAAUUUUUCAUCUUUUCGAGCGUUUCACUAUUCUUACUACCCAGCCUGAUGUGAAGAAAAGGAUUAUAGAUGCUGUUCUGGAUAAGCAGGAAGCUGUUGCUGUGACCACUGCUAUACAGGAAGAAAUAUUUGUGGAGAUGGGUGUUGACCCAAGAUUUGGUAUUUCAUGCCUGGGAAAAAUCAGCACUGAAUAUGAGAAUGACCGAGAUUUGAUGAUUGAAUUUUAUAAAUUCCUUGCCAAAGAAGAGAUGGCCUGCGAUGAAGCAGAGCUUGGAGAAGAAGAAUUUGCAGAAAAACAGAGCUAUCAACAAAACUUACACCAGCAGCAACUAGAGAUGCUGCUGCAUAUGCGCAAGUUUAACAUGGAUGAUCAAUCUGCAAUACUUGAGAAGUUACACCAGCAGAUGGAGAAUGGCAAUUAUGAAAGUGAGGCAUCCAUUUUGUCAGCUGGGCAGAUGGAAGAGAUAAUUCAAAGAAAGGUGACCCCUCUGUUUAUGCCAAGUUAG